CCGCGCACGUCGGACCAGCAUGAACCUACCGGUGCAGAAAUCGCUGCCGACGGAUGGCUGCCCGACGCAGACGUCGCGCAUGCAGGCCGAGACCGAGGCGACGUGCACCUCGUUCUUCGUCAACCUGGACGAGCUCCCGGCGUCCGAGAUUGCGCAGCUCCAGAAAGCCGGGUUCCUCGACGAGGCCAAGCGCGUCUGCCUCCUCAAGGAGCGCCACACGCCGUACCUGAUCCGUGGCCUCGAGUACCUCCCACCGGGCUUCCAGUCCAUGGAUGCUAGCCGCCCAUGGUUCAUGUACUGGAUUCUGCACUCGCUCGAGAUGCUCGGCGCCCACGCCGAGAUGCAGUCGUUCCACGCCGCGUGCCUCAACACGAUCAAGCGCUGCUGGAGCGACGCACUUGGCGGCGGCUUCGGCGGGGGCAUUCUCCAGAUGGGCCACAUGGCGACGACGUACGCGUCCUGCCUCGCACUGGCCAUCAUUGGCACGCCGGAAGCGUACGACAUUGUCGACCGGGAGGCGCUUCAUGCGUUCUUCCUCGCCAACAAGGACCCGGUCACCGGCGCCUUCCACGCGCACGACCAAGGCGAGGUCGACAUUCGCAUCACGUAUUGCGUCAUUUCGAUUGCGAGUUUGUUUGGCAUUUUGACGCCGGAACUCACGCUUGGCGUCGCCGAAUUUGUGGCCGCGUGCCAGACGUACGAAGGUGGCUUCGGACCCAUGCCGUACCAGGAAGCGCACGGCGGCUACACCUUCUCGGGCGCGGCGAUCCUCUCGAUCUUGAACGCGCUGGACCGGGUCAACAUCCCCGCCCUCACGCACUACGUCGCGCACCGUCAAAUGGCCGUCGAGGGCGGUUACCAAGGCCGCACCAACAAGCUCGUCGACGGGUGCUACAGCUUCUGGAUGGGGGCCGUGCCUGCGCUCUUGGCCCCGUACACGCGUGGCAUCUACGUGAGCGACCGCGCAGCCCACCAACGCUACAUUUUGCUGUGUGGCCAGCAGCUCGAAGGCGGUCUCCGCGACAAGCCAGGCAAGCCUCGCGACCACUACCACUCGUGCUACGUUCUGAGUGGCCUAUCGCUCUCGCAGCACGGGGACGGCCGCCCUGAGACACCUGUCUUUAUUGCGGGCUCGCCUGAGAACCGCGUCGAGCCGACCCACCCCGCGUACAACAUUUCGCACGACAAGGUGCUCUUGAUCCAGUCGUAUUUUGCAGAGAAAGCGGCCGGUGCGACCCGCAUCGAGGUCCUCGAAGAGACUAUGGAUUAGAUGCAUCUGC